AUGUGUGAAUUUAGUAUAUAUAAUAUAUAUAGUUAUAUAUACAUCGUAUACACAUAUAUACAUACUUCAACGAUCUCAAGCUAAAGUUGCGUUUUCUUUCAAGUUGCACGCGUGUGUUCCUUGGAACUUGCGGGAGCAUUAUGUUAUACGUGCCUAAAUAACGUUUUUGGUAAUGUUACUGCAGUAUUACGACUGUAUUAAAAAAGUUAUGUGCAGUGUCGUGUUGUGAUGUACCGAUGUGCCGAUAAAACAAUCGAUCUUUGUAAAUGUUUUACGUAUAUGGAAUCCAGGUGGCAGGUGCCUAGAAAGCAGCUGGUAAGAUGGGAAAGUUGUUGUCAAAAAUUUUUGGCAACAAGGAGAUGCGAAUUCUCAUGUUGGGAUUAGAUGCUGCAGGAAAAACUACAAUAUUGUAUAAACUUAAAUUAGGACAGUCUGUGACAACUAUACCGACUGUAGGAUUUAAUGUAGAAACUGUUACCUAUAAAAAUGUUAAAUUUAAUGUCUGGGACGUAGGUGGACAGGAUAAAAUACGUCCAUUAUGGCGUCAUUAUUACACAGGAACACAAGGUCUUAUUUUUGUAGUAGAUUGUGCAGACAGAGAUAGAAUUGACGAAGCACGUCAAGAACUCCAUCGGAUUAUAAAUGAUAGAGAAAUGCGUGAUGCUAUUAUUUUAAUUUUUGCUAACAAACAAGAUCUUCCUGAUGCGAUGAAACCCCAUGAGAUUCAAGAAAAGUUGGGGUUAACUAGGAUACGGGACAGAAAUUGGUAUGUUCAACCAUCAUGUGCUACAACCGGAGAUGGGCUUUAUGAAGGCCUUACAUGGUUGACUAGUAACCACAAAUUAUGAGCAAAUAUUUAUUUUUGAUCAAUUGGCUAAAUAUGGAAAAUAUACACCUGUAUUUUUAUUUUAAUUUAUCAUACGGAGGCUCUGUAAGGCACAAUUGACAUUGAUCGAGUCAAUGGGAUGAUUUCGAUAAAGAAAAGAUACUGCAAUUCAGAAAUGCUCCUUACAUACUGUGGUGUGUGUUCCAAUAAUAUUGAUAAAUAAGAGCAUAGUAAUAUAUCAUGAAGCCAACUAAGAGAAAUUGUAACCAUUAUUAUUAUUAUUAUUAUUAAUUAGCUGUCCAUUGCCACCCAUAAGAUGUAAUUAAAACAUUAUCGAAUAGAAUUAUAUACUUUCAGACUGCAUUUUCUUAUAAUUUAAACACUUUUAGAAGCAUACAUAUUUAUAAAGAAUGUGCUUUAACGAUUACAAAAAUAUUUUAACAUUCACAACUUUAGCUGUGGUAUUAAGGAAAUUGUACAUCCUUACAGAUUGACAUGCCUUCUUCUGACUGUAUAUUAUUACAAUGUUUUAAUGUGGUCAUAUACUAUAACAGUACAUUGAUACACUAUGUAAUGUAUAAUCUAAAUGAUAAUUCACUUUUUCUACAACAGGAUAUUCACAAAAUUCAUCCAGUCCAUGUAGUCUUCCAGUUCUAGUGAAGUACAUGAAAGUGUAAGUCCAAUUGCAUAAUAUUUCCCUGUCUUACUUUAUUUUUUUAUAUUAUUAGCAAUUCAUACACUUUCAUACUUCACUUUAAUUGAAAUUCAUUAAUAUCUUAUACAAAAUGGACAUGUUCUUUCGCACAAACUAUAAGGGGCAAAAUAUCGUAUGACUUGCAGUUAUACACAUUGAUACUAUCAGUUAAAGGAACAUGUUAUUAUAUAACAACAUUCACACAUUGCCAACAUUUUUACUAUAUGCAAAAAUUAUUAUUAAAUAAACAGUUAGAAUUAGGUUGCCAUAUUUCUGACACAAAUUGUAAGUUCUAUGAGAAAUGUAUCUUGCGAAUCCUUCAUUACUUUUUUAUAAUUAGUAGGAUAAGAACUGAAACAUGAAUUAAUAUUUACAACUGUUUAAUUAAAUUAUAAAUUCCAGUUUUUAUAUACUUAAAAAAAAAAGAAAAAAGAAAUACAAGUUAACAUUAUAUAUUAAUAAUCACAAUUAUAAGUCUAUAAAAACUGUUCCUUUAAUAAUUCAUAUUAGGCGACUUUCAUAAAAUCUCAAGUUGAAAAACAAAGGAACACUCUGUGCAAAAAUAUGAUCUAGAUUUAGAGAAGGAUAAUAAAAAUCGGGCUUUGGAAUAACAUGGUACUUUCUUUACCGAUAUGCAAUGAUCCUAAUGAAGGCUCUAUGGCUAUAUUAUUGAUACCAAUUCAUAACUCAUUUCAUAUUGCAAUGGAUCGACUAAUAAAACUUUUCUUUGAUUUUUAAGUACAAAGCUUUUUAUUAAAUUUUCUUGUUUCACUACCCAUUACAUAGUUUAGAAUUCAUACAAAAUUAAACUUAAUCAAUGCAUUCCAAUAUCUCUUCAGUUAUUCUACACAAAAAUCCAUACAAUUUAACUAUCAUAUAAAAUCGUAUAUUUCAGAUAUUAAUACUGAAGAGAAAGUGAUAUAGAAUUCUAUGUUAUUCCACAAGAAGUCAUACCUUUUUAUAUGCUCCAUUGUAUAUAAAACCAUAAGUAUUAUACGGGAUUGAUAAAAAAAUAUAAGCAUAAAUAAUAUCAUUAAAGUCAUGAUAAAAUAAAGAAUGUGCACACUACUUAUCUAUCUCACUUAUAUUGUGUUAUAUUUUAUAUCGACAUUUUUAAAAAAUUAUGAAACUUAUGUACAAUCUAAUCGUUAGUAUACAAUAUAAUUUUAAACAUUUAAUGUUAUUUCAAAAGUUUCUUAUUGAUUCAUAUGUGCACAAUCAUGUAUCUGUUUAUUUUCAAUGUAAAACAUGACUCUUAUUAAUGUCACGCAAUUUUGCAUAUUUAUUCCUAUUAUUAUAAUAAAGGAAAUAUGAACAAAAUUGAAAGACAUUGAUAUAUAACCAUAGAGUACUUGUAUUAAUAACAAGCCAAAGCCUGAGCACUCUAUAACAAAUUUAUAGCACUUUUUUCAAUAUUACAUUUUAUUGUGCAUAUAAUGACUAUUUAACUAAUAGCAAUACAAUAAUAGGUUUUGCCGAGAACGGAGUAAUAAAAUCACUUAUGUACAAAAUAUAGACUUGAUUCUCAUACUUGUUGAUUACUUAUAAAUUGAUAUUACUAUGCAAAAAUAUUUUCCUGCCGCCCGAUGUAAAAUUAUCAUAUGCGCAGAUCUAUACAGGAAAUAGAUCAGUGCUGAAAAUAAGUUAUUAAUAAAAUUGCUUAUAUUAUAUGCCCUUAAUUUCCUUUUUCCAAUUUUGUUUUUCAAUUUUGCGUGACAGCAGAUUAUAUAUUUAUAAUAGUAUCAUGUUUAAUGACAUGCAAGUUAAACUCAACUGGUAUCAAUUUUGAUUGAUGCAGAUGUCACAUCAAAUAAUUAUAUGAACAUACACACAUCUUUGUAAAAAAUAUUUUGCUUUUCUAUUAAUAGAGUUAACAAAAUAUGUAUAAACAUUAUGUCAAACUUGGGGGCCACAUGUUAUUAAGUGCUAAAUCAUGAAGACAUUGGAAAAUAAGCUGUAUUAGUUUACUCCAUAUUAUCUGCACUAACAGCCAAAAAUUCCUUUGCAUCAAAAAAUAAAAAAUUACGACACAAAAAGUAAAAAAAUAAAAAACCUGGCUUUUGCCUUUAAUAGACUAAAAAUUAUGUCAUAUAUUUAUAUAUUUUUGCUAUUAAAUAUUAUUAAUUUAAAAAAAAAAAAA